CGCUAGCAAUACGUAUCUAGCAUGGAUUUGGAUGAGAAGCCCAAGGAUGUGCAGGAGCAGGCUGAAACGAUCCCCCAUCUACCAGCAGGCGACGCGCUCGCGGAGGCAGCGGCCUCGGAACAUGCACUCAGCUCAUGGAGUGCUAUACGGCUCUACUGGCGCGCGUUUCUUUGGUGUGUGUUCAUGUGUGUAGGCGCGAUGCUGGUUGGAUACGACCUUCAAGUCACCGGUGGACUCUUGAGCGUGCCUGCUUUCCGACGUGACUUUGGAUUUGAGAGUCGUGGCCAGUAUAUCAUAUCCGCGUCAUGGCAGAGCGCUUUCAACGCUACGAGCGCGAUUGGAAGUAUGUUUGGUGGGCUGUCCGUCGGUUUCGUGAUUGAGCGGUUUGGCACUCGCAAGACAAUCUUGCUCUGCAAUGUGAUCUCAAUAGGAGCCAUUCUCAUCCAGUUCUUUACACCUGCUCAUAACAACGGGAUGCUCGUCGCUGGAAAGCUAGUAAACGGACUCUCUUUGGGGAUGUACAUAUCCGUCGCUAGCACGUACUGUGCUGAAUUGGCACCCAUGGCUUUGCGAGGGUUCACAACGGCAAGCGUGAAUCUCUGGUUUGCACUUGGCCAAUUGUUGUCUAAUGCUUCUAUACGUGGAUCAGGAGCACGUCUAGACAAGUACGCGUACCGGAUUCCAUUCGCGACUCAAUGGAUCUUUCCUGUCAUCCUUCUCGCCGGACUACCUUUUGCACCCGAAUCACCUUGGUGGCUAGUGCGUCAGAAUAGACUCGAAGAGGCCCGCAGGAUCAUCGAGCACGUCGGUGGCGGACAUGCGAACUCCCAGCUGUUGCUUCGUCAAAUCCAGGAGACCAUCGAGCUCGAGGAUUAUUAUUCAAGUACUUCGAAGUUUGCAGAUAUGUUUAAAGGUCCUAAUCUGCGCCGAACGAUCAUCGCUGCGAUGGUAUUUGCAGUGCAGCAUGGCUCGGGCAUAAAUUUUGUCGUGGCCUUCAGUUCUUAUUUCUUCGAGCUCGCCGGCUUCUCUGAUAACAAGUCGCAUGAUUUUGGCCUUGCAGUCUCCUCCGUAGGCAUCCUCGGGAAUCUCUGCACGUUCUAUACCCUGAACCGAUUCGGGCGGCGUACGUUGUUUAACGCGAGCCUAUGGUCGUGCACCAUCGUGCUCAUGAUCAUAGGCUUCCUGUCGAUAUCAACCAAUGAAUCGACCAGGCUCGUUAUCGUUUCAUUCAUCAUCGUCUACAUGUUCUGUUAUCAAUGUGGAAUUGGACCUGUGGCAUACGUGAUUUAUGCUGAGGUACCCUCCGCCAGGCUGCGGUCUAAAACAGUCGGCCUUGGUGUGGUCACGAACCAGGUCUUCACGCUGGUGUUCAACAUUGUCGUCCCAUAUCUAGUCAACCCCGACGAAGCUAAUCUCGGUGGCUACGUUGGCUUCGUCUUUGGUGGCCUGACCAUUAUUGCGUGUGUGUGGGUUUGGUUCGCCAUACCGGAGACGAAAGGACGCACAGUUGAUGAAAUUGACAUAAUGUUCGAAGAGAAGAUUCCCGCUCGCAAGUUUGCGUCGCAUCGAAUACUUGCUUCCUGCCGUGAGUGA